AUGGCCCCGGCGUCGCUCACCAUGAACCCCGCUGGGCGCGGGACUUUUGGCGGGGACCGUGCGGGGCCCGGCGCGCUGCCCUUCAGUGUCGAGUCCCUCCUGGAAGCGCAGCGCCGGCGCGGCCCCGAGCCCGCGGAGCCCGGGGAGGAGAGGCCGCGGGGAGCCCCGGAGCCCCGGGCCUGGCUCCCACCAGCCGCCCGCUCGCCCUCCCCACGCGCCCCCAGCCCCCCGCCCUGCACCCUCCGAAAACACAAGAACAACCGAAAACCGCGGACGCCCUUCACCACCGCGCAGCUGCUGGCGCUGGAGCGCAAGUUCCGCCAGAAGCAGUACCUGUCCAUCGCAGAGCGCGCCGAGUUCUCCGGCAGCCUGAGCCUCACCGAGACGCAGGUGAAGAUCUGGUUUCAGAACCGCCGGGCCAAGGCCAAGCGGCUGCAGGAGGCCGAGCUGGAGAAGCUGAAGCUGGUGCCCAAGCCGCUGCUGCCCGCGUUCGCCCUGCCCUUCCCCCUGGGCGCCCACUUGCAAGGCGCCCCGGGCGCUUACGGCGCGGCGACAGGCAACCUGCCGCAGGUGCCGGGACUCCUCGCCACGCCCGUCACUGCCUACGGCCUGUACUACCUCUCCUAG